AUGAUGGACGACGUUUACGACUCUGACGAUGCCCUUGGUGCGUCGCCUCGCCUGCAGCCUACGAAAAUCAACUACAUACCCCAUGUCACCCCUCCGCCAUUCAUCCCGUCGCCCAGCCCCCCACCCAAGGAAAGUCCCGGAGACCACGACAGUAAGGAUUCUGGGCGACGGCGCAAAAGACUCCUGCCAUCACUUAGCGACGAGUUGAUUCUCAAAAACUUAACCAAUGCGCAACUUGCCCACGAACUUGGUCAGAUACCCCUGCCAACUGAUUCGCCGCCCGAACCCGGUAGCCCUGAUGACUAUCGUUCUCCGGACGUAGGGAGGGGGCUACACGAAGCUUCCAUGCCAGAUAUUCUUAGUUCCCAUGCCCGGCAGACAGCCCAGCAUGCGUUGGAUUUAAUUAUUGCAAAUGACCUCCCAACAGAAUCUCAAGGGCCGCGUGGCAAAAUAGAGAGAACUUUUGAUGGAGAGAUCCGCCCACCAUCUCGACCGCCAAGUUUCCUAGAACCCCAGGCGACUGCGGCCCAACUGCCUAGCGGGAUGAUUUCAUCUCCAAUUCUGGAAUCCCAGACCCGCGGACGCGCAAAUGAAUUGGUAGCCACCUCCCCUAAUCUAAGACAAUAUACGAUAUCCACGCAAGGUCGCGAUGCUGGAGACACGCUCCCCGCGUUGCAAUCCAUUCCUGAAUCGACCUCUGCCAAAUCACCAAAGAACAACCAAAACCUUCCGUCCAUAAAAGAUACACUCAGUGACCGCUUUGGCCCUAUAAAUGGCAUACCGCAAAGCAUAUAUUCAUCACUAUCGGCUGCGUUUCCCCAGAAACCGCAAAACCCGCAAGAAUCACACAACCGUCGUCUUUCCGACCAUUACGUUCCACCCCCCCCGGCGUCAGGAGCAUCGUCAUUUUUUUCCCCAGAAAGCUUGAGAGAUAUGUCUGCUAGUCUAUCCCCAGUAGCUGGACCACCUCAACAACCAUAUUGGCAACAAACAACGGAUAAGGGCACAUCUUAUUCUCAUUCUUCACGUGGCCCUGGAUCGCAAUAUACAAGUAGCCCGAGUACUGGCUAUCCUACACCAAUUGAGUUGGUGAAGAGCCAUCCCUAUGAUUCUCCAGUUCAGUCAAACGGACCUACGACAUCUACUGGGCCCGUUAAUUCUUUCUGGGUUUUAAAUGCAAUUAUUCCGGGUGGCAAAGCUGACCCGUCAACACAAUAUCUUCUCAACUCUCACGCAAACGUCCACUCCCAAAAUCGCCCAUAUUACUGUCCUGUAAAGGGCUGUCCGCGCUCCGAAGGCGGAAAAGGGCUUCAAGCGCAAAAACGAAAUGAAACGACACGGCCUUGUCCAUGA